CAGCUAGACCGCCGGGAACCAGCCGCGUGCCUGCUCCGGGCAGGAGGCGCCGUCUGCGCGUGUCCUCUCGCGCUCCCGCCUGCCGCCGGGAGAUGCUCGCAGGGAAGCGCGGUUGCUGGGCGACCGCAAGGCUGCGGCCGGCCAGCCAGCCAGCCAGGAGAAACCUGCUACCAAGCUCGCCCUCGUCGCCCCCACCGGCCGCCUGCCUGCCUGCCGGCCGGCCGGGUGCGGCGUCUUCCUCCCCCGCCCUGCGGGUCACGCCCUCUCUGGCUGCCGACGCCUCGGGAGACCGGCUUUUAAAAAAUAAUAAUAAAAAGCCAAAUGCUCUCCCCGGAGAAGACACCACCAAAUAAGCUUCCUGGUCCCUUAACGCCAUGAAGGGAAAGGCAGGCGGAAGACCCCAGAGCAAACAAUGGCUUCACUUAAUAACUGUGGUAUUCGCUUAAUGAUGAUGGAUUCACUUAAUGACCAUGGUGAUUGGUUUAACGACUGCAAAAAAAGAUAAAAUCAGGCCAUUUCACCGUUUUAUAUAAUCAAAGCUAAUUUCAGUAUGCUGAAAAGGAAACAGAGUUCUAGGGUAGAAGCCCAGCCUGUAACAGAUUUUGGUCCUGAUGAAUCCUUAUCAGACAACGCAGAUAUCCUGUGGGUUAACAAACCAUGGGUGCAUUCUUUACUGCGCAUCUGUGCCAUCAUCAGUGUCAUUUCGGUGUGCAUGAAUACCCCAAAGACCUUUGAGCAUUAUCCUCCCCUUCAGUAUGUGACAUUUGCUCUUGAUACAUUGCUGAUGUUUCUCUACACGGCAGAGAUGAUAGCAAAAAUGCACAUCCGUGGCAUAGUCAAGAUGGAGUUGGGAAAAGGUUGGAGGUUAACCACACCACAGCCAUUUCAGAUGUUCAAGGGGGAUAGUUCUUAUGUGAAGGACCGUUGGUGUGUAUUUGAUGGAUUCAUGGUAUUUUGUCUGUGGGUGUCCUUAGUUUUACAGGUUUUUGAAAUUGCUGAGAUAGUUGAUCAAAUGUCUCCUUGGGGCAUGCUGAGGAUCCCACGACCACUUAUUAUGAUUCGAGCAUUCCGAAUUUAUUUCCGCUUUGAAUUACCAAGAACCAGGAUAACCAACAUUUUAAAGCGUUCAGGUGAACAAAUUUGGAGUGUUUCCAUUUUCCUUCUGUUCUUUCUGCUUCUGUAUGGAAUUUUGGGGGUCCAGAUGUUUGGACCUUUCACAUAUCAUUGUGUAACAAAUGAUACAAAACCAGGAAACAUAACCUGGAACAAUUUGGCAAUCCCAGACACACAUUGUUCAAAAGCAUCAGAAGAAGGCUACCAGUGUCCACCAGGAUUUGAGUGUUUGGACCUUGAAGAAUUGGGGUUAAGCAGGCAGGAGCUGGGCUACAGUGGUUUUAAUGAAAUAGGAACAAGCAUAUUUACUGUUUAUGAAGCUGCAUCUCAGGAAGGUUGGGUCUUUCUGAUGUAUCGAGCAAUUGACAGUUUUCCCCGAUGGCGCUCUUAUUUCUAUUUCAUCACCUUAAUUUUCUUCCUUGCCUGGCUUGUUAAGAAUGUAUUUAUUGCUGUCAUCAUUGAAACAUUUGCUGAAAUCCGUGUGCAGUUUCAACAGAUGUGGGGUUCCAGAAGCAGUACAACUUCAACAGCAACUACUCAGAUGUUUCAUGAAGAUGCUACAGGAGGAUGGCAGCUGGUGGAUGUUGAUGUGAAUAAGCCUCAAGGCAGAGCACCAGCAUGUCUGCAGAGAAUGAUGAGAUCCUCAAUUUUCCAUAUGUUUAUCCUGAGCAUGGUAGCAGUGGAUGUCAUUGUUGCUGCUAGUAAUUAUUAUAAGGGAGAAACUUUCAAGAGCCAAUAUGAUGAGUUCUACCUUGCAGAGGUGGCCUUUACACUCCUUUUUGAUCUGGAAGCUCUCCUAAAGAUCUGGUGCCUGGGAUUUACUGGAUACAUCAGUUCAUCUCUUCAUAAAUUUGAACUGCUCCUGGUUAUUGGAACUACUCUUCACAUUUAUCCAGUCCUCUAUCAUUCACAGUUUACAUACUUUCAGGUACUUAGAGUUGUUCGACUUAUAAAGAUUUCUCCUGCUCUGGAAGAUUUUGUAUACAAGAUUUUUGGACCUGGAAAAAAGCUUGGGAGUUUAGUUGUAUUUACUGCCAGUCUAUUAAUUGUAAUGUCAGCCAUUAGUUUGCAAAUGUUCUGUUUUGUGGAAGAACUAGACAGAUUUACUACAUUUCCAAGGGCUUUCAUGUCAAUGUUUCAAAUCCUGACACAGGAAGGAUGGGUGGACGUCAUGGAUCAGACUCUCAAUGCUGUGGGUCACAUGUGGGCACCUGUUGUUGCUAUUUAUUUCAUUUUAUAUCAUCUUUUUGCUACCCUGAUUCUGCUGAGCUUGUUUGUUGCUGUUAUUCUAGACAACCUGGAACUUGAUGAAGAUCUAAAGAAACUUAAACAACUGAAACAAAGUGAAGCAAAUGCAGAUACCAAAGAAAAGCUCCCAUUACGCCUACGGAUAUUUGAAAAAUUCCCUAACAGGCCUCAGAUGGUAAAAAUCUCCAAGCUCCCUUCAGAUUUCACAGUUCCCAAAAUAAGGGAAAGCUUUAUGAAACAGUUCAUUGAUCGACAGCAGCAAGAUACAACUUGUUUACUGAGAAGGCUUCCAUCAGCUUCUUCCUCCUCCUGUGAUCACUCUAAAAGGCUGGCAAUUGAAGACAAAUACAUUGACCAGAAGCUUCGCAAAUCUGUUUUCAGCAUUAAGGCAAGAAAUCUUCUGGACAAGGAGUCUGCAAUCAAUAAAAUUCUUAGAGCCUGUACUCGUCAGCGUAUGCUUAGUGGAUCUUUUGAGGGGCAGCCUGCAAAAGAACGAUCUAUUCUUAGUGUUCAGCAUCAUAUACGCCAAGAACGCAGGUCACUAAGGCAUGGUUCCAACAGUCAGCGAAUCAGCAGAGGAAAGUCUCUUGAAACAUUAACUCAGGAUGUAAGUCAUUCUAAUACAGUGAGGUACAGAAAUGCACAAAGGGAAGACAGUGACAUUAAAAUGAUCCAAGAAAAGAAAGAACAAGCAGAAAUGAAAAGAAAAGUUCAGGAAGAAGAGUUGCGGGAGAAUCACCCCUAUUUUGACAAGCCUCUCUUCAUAGUGGGCCGGGAACACAGAUUUAGGAAUUUCUGCCGAGUUGUAGUUAGAGCUCGCUUUAAUGCCUCUAAAACAGAUCCUGUUACUGGAGCAGUUAAAAACACAAAAUAUCAUCAACUUUAUGAUUUGCUGGGAUUAGUUACUUAUCUAGAUUGGGUAAUGAUCAUUGUCACCAUAUGUUCCUGUAUUUCAAUGAUGUUUGAAUCCCCUUUUCGAAGAGUAAUGCAUGCACCUACAUUACAGAUUGCUGAAUAUGUUUUUGUAAUAUUUAUGAGUAUUGAACUUAACUUGAAGAUUAUGGCUGAUGGCUUGUUUUUUACACCAACGGCAGUCAUCAGAGAUUUUGGAGGUGUCAUGGAUAUUUUUAUUUACCUUGUAAGCCUGAUGUUUCUCUGCUGGAUGCCCCAGAAUGUUCCUGCUAAAUCAGGAGUUCAGCUGCUAAUGGUUCUACGGUGUCUUCGGCCUCUUCGUAUUUUUAAACUGGUGCCUCAGAUGAGAAAAGUUGUUCGGGAACUAUUUAGUGGUUUCAAAGAAAUCUUUCUAGUUUCAAUCCUUUUAUUGACAUUAAUGCUUGUUUUUGCAAGCUUUGGAGUUCAACUUUUUGCUGGGAAACUGGCUAAGUGCAAUGAUCCCCAUAUAACUGCAAGAGAAGAUUGCCAUGGUAUAUUCCGAAUAAAUGUAAGUGUUUCGAAAAAUCUGAAUUUGAAGCUAAGACCUGGUGAAAAAAAGCCUGGAUUUUGGGUGCCUCGAGUCUGGGCUAACCCUCGAAACUUUAACUUUGACAAUGUUGGUAAUGCAAUGUUGGCAUUAUUUGAAGUCCUGUCAUUAAAGGGGUGGGUAGAAGUCAGAGACGUCAUCAUUCAUCGUGUGGGUCCAAUUCAUGGCAUCUACAUUCAUGUUUUUGUAUUCCUGGGCUGCAUGAUUGGACUUACCCUUUUUGUUGGAGUUGUCAUUGCUAAUUUCAAUGAAAAUAAGGGAACAGCUCUACUAACAGUUGACCAGAGGCGAUGGGAAGAUCUGAAGAGCAGAUUAAAGAUAGCACAGCCUCUUCACCUCCCACCACGCCCAGAUAAUGAUGGAUUCCGAGCUAAAAUGUAUGACAUAACCCAGCACCCAUUUUUCAAGAGAACCAUUGCAGUUCUUGUAUUGGCCCAAUCUGUGCUAUUAUCUGUUAAGUGGGAUGAUCAAGAUCCAGUAACUGGUCCAUUAGCUGCAAUGUCAGUGGUCUUCACCUUCAUAUUUGUUCUAGAGGUUACAAUGAAAAUUAUUGCCAUGUCACCUGCUGGAUUUUGGCAGAGCAGAAGAAAUCGUUAUGAUCUCUUGGUGACAUCAUUAGGUGUCAUAUGGGUGAUUCUCCACUUUGCCAUAACUAAUGCCUAUACGUAUAUGAUGGGGGCAUGCGUUAUUGUGUUCAGGUUUUUUUCAAUCUGUGGAAAGCACGUGACUCUGAAGAUGCUGCUGCUGACAGUAGUUGUCAGCAUGUACAAAAGCUUUUUCAUCAUUGUAGGAAUGUUCCUACUGUUGCUUUGCUAUGCUUUUGCUGGAGUAGUUUUGUUUGGAACUGUGAAAUAUGGAGAGAACAUUAACAGGCAUGCCAACUUUUCAUCAGCUGGUAAGGCCAUUACUGUACUCUUCAGAAUCGUCACUGGAGAAGACUGGAACAAGAUAAUGCAUGACUGCAUGGUUCAACCUCCUUUUUGUACUCCAGAUAACAGAACAUACUGGAAAACAGACUGUGGGAAUUAUGCCGGUGCUCUUAUGUAUUUCUGUUCAUUUUAUGUCAUCAUUGCAUACAUAAUGCUGAAUUUACUUGUGGCUAUAAUUGUGGAAAACUUCUCUUUAUUUUAUUCCACUGAAGAAGACCAGCUCUUAAGUUAUAAUGAUCUUAGACAUUUUCAGAUUAUAUGGAAUAUGGUUGAUGACAAAAGGGAGGGAGCAAUUCCUACUUUCCGAGUCAAGUUUUUGUUGAGGCUAUUGCGUGGAAGACUUGAGGUAGAUCUGGAUAAGGACAAACUUCUGUUCAAGCAUAUGUGCUAUGAAAUGGAGAGAUUGCAUAAUGGUGGAGAUGUAACAUUCCAUGAUGUAUUAAGCAUGCUGUCAUAUAGAUCGGUUGACAUCAGAAAAAGUCUUCAGCUGGAAGAACUCCUUGCUAGGGAACAACUAGAGUACACCAUCGAGGAAGAAGUUGCCAAGCAGACAAUACGCAUGUGGUUGAAAAAAUGCUUGAAGCGCAUUAGAGCAAAACAACAGCAGUCAUGCAGUAUUAUCCACAGCCUCCGAGAGAGUCAACAGCAGGAGUUAAGCCGUUUCCUAAAUCCACCAAGCAUUGAGACAACGCAGCCAAGUGAAGAUAUGAAUGCUAAUAACCAGGAUAACAGUGCACAGCCUGAGACAAGUAAUGAACAGCAGCUGCUUAGCCCCACGCUUUCUGACAGAGGUGGAUAUCGACAAGAUUCUGGUGAGGGGGGUAAACCUCAGCGAAAGCUUGGACAAUGGCGUUUGCCAUCUGCCCCAAAACCAAUAAGCCAUUCAGUGUCUUCAGUCAAUAUAAGAAUUGGUGGUCGGACAACUAUGAAAUCUGUUGUGUGCAAAAUGAAUCCUAUGUCAGACAUGGCUUCAUGUGGAUCAGAAGUUAAGAAGUGGUGGACAAGGCAACUUACUGUAGAGAGUGACGAGAGUGGAGAAGACCUGCUUGAGAUCUGAUUGGGAAAAGAUUCCUCUCAAAGACACACUUAUGCAACACACCUGUGGAGGAAUGGCAACUCUGGACAUUGCUGCUUUUUAAUAACAGUUCUAAUUGACUGUUUAUAUCAAGAUAAGCCUUGGAACUCAUUGUCCUUCAACUUGGCAAGAUUUAUUAUUUAAUGUUUAUUUUGAACAUCCAGGAUUGUUAACAUAAUGAGCAACACAAAUGUCCAGAAGAAGUAGAGGACCUUUGGACUUGUUCCCAUAAAUCAUGAGAAACGCUUCAGGCUCUCAGGCUAGGCUUCCUACUUUUCAGCAGACUUUCAAUAUUGCUGCUCAGCCAAUAUUUGAAAUUUCAGGUUUCUCUGAAAGUAUAUUGUUGCUUGUUAAAAUUUGGGAAACAACAACAAAGGACUAAUAGUAAAAUAUGACAUGUCAUGAUGUGUACCAGGUUGAUAUUCUAUUUUAAUAGUAUGGGUAAGUUAUGAGGACACAACAUUUUUAUUUAGAGACACUGAGACACAAUUGUUGUGGAAGUAAAAGCACCCCAAGGAGAAUAUUGAUAUGGACAUGCUGCUAAUGUUUCACAUCACUUGAAUAUUUUUAUUUAGGUCAGAGUAGAUGACUUCUUUCAAGCUAAGACUCAUGUUGAAUGGUUGGGUUGGGCUGUAAUUGCAAAAACAUAAGCCAAGACAAAAACUAAGAUACUUUUAAUCUGAUUAUAUUUAUUUUAGUUAAAUUAAUUCCUAUUACAUAUGGUUAAUAGGAUUACCUUGUAUGUAUUUUAUAAUUUUCCCUUCUUUCAAGUUAAAUAUUGCAGUUUUGGUAGCAAUUUGGGGAAAGUUUCUGAGGACACCAUGCAAUACACUGACCUCAGGUUGUGCUUCUCUUAUUGAGAUAAAUACUAUUCCUAGAUUAAUUCAUAGGUACCCUUGACUAUCUACUUCACUUGAUCAUUGAAAGUUCCCAUUGGACAAAUGCAAGUUCUUUUUGUACAUUUGAAGGACAUACUAAUUCUCAAACAAUAUUUCAUGUAUUUGAUUUGUGUCAAAGUUUACAUACCAGAGGUAGUGUGUCAGUAUUUUCUCUGAAAUUGUCAGACUUCCUUUGCCCUAAAUAAUUAUUUAAACAAAACAGCAACAAUGUUGUUGUUUUUUUUCUUUUCUACCAUAUUCUACCCAUCAAUAUUAGUGUUGUUUAAUGAUCUGUGGGAAUUAAUUCAGAAUGAGGUAGUUACUUAUUUUCCAUUUUUACAAUAUAUUUUAAUAUGCAAGCACAAUGUGGUUAAUUUAAAAAAUAGGGUUUCAUUGUUAAUUUUUAUAAUAUGCUUAUUUGAAGUACACUGAUAUCUUAUCAGUGCACCUGUUUAAUUAGUUCCCUGCUUUUUCAUCUCUGUUAAUAACUAUCAUCUAUUAGAAAUGAAACAGAAAAAUAACCAGUGUAGAUGUAACUACUUAAUUACAUUCUGUACAUACAUACCUACAUAUGUACAUACAUACAUACAUACAUACAUACAUACAUAUAGGUUCGUACGAUAUUGGGAAUAAGACUCAUGGCAAGCCUAGAAAAACAUCCUACUCAUGGAAAUCUGAUUUUGUGCUUCAUUAUCCUUGUUAGAAAUGAACAUGUUUUUAGCAGAAAUUAUUUCUAACUCACUAUUUAAAAGUCAUUAUAUCAUUAUAUAUAAGUAUACAUUAUAUACUUAGUCAUUAAGUAUUAGAUGAGAUUAACAGCUAAAGUAUGCUCAUGAAAGUAAUCUAUUUUCUAGUCAUGCUUGAAAUAUCUUUUUUAAAAAACAAUACUUUGAUAUCAAUCACUAUUAAGGUAAGUAUGAAAUAAUGCAUUAAGAAAAGAAUAGUUGACAAUUCUAAGAUUCUAUUUAUAAAGAUUCUAAUUCCAGAUAUUUAAUGAAUGGCAGCAAAUGAGCAUUUAGGAGCCCACAAUUAUGAACCUUCAUUAUGCAUUUAAGCAUCAUAGAAAAAUGAGUCAGACACAUGAGGAUUGGGGAAAAUUAAAGAUUAUGAAGGCUGGAGAGAAACUUGGCUCUAACCACUGCUGUGCUACAAUUACUCAAUUAUAGGUUAUAGAAGUGAUAAUCCACCUACUGACAGUGAUCAUUAUCUCUCAUCUCAAGAGUAAGGACAAACAGACUAUCUUCCUAAUUUUAGUUUCGUAUUGGCCAGAGUAAUGAAGAGUGUGUCUUUACUACCUCUGAAGUGCUUUUACCUUCAUCACAAUCACUCGUUCAAAACUUGAACCAGGUGGUUUUUAAAUACAAAAUGGAAGAUUUUCUUCAAUUAGCCUAUGAAGGAUAAAGUUUGGCAGGUAUCAUAACUGAUCAGUAUAUGAGAUCAAUUAAUGGUUCCUCCAGAAAAUUUGACCUUCUUUUGUAUGUCUGCGUUGUAUUUUAAUGGUGUGCAAAAUAUUUUAUAUUUAAAGCUUUCAUGUAUAAAAUUUCACAAAAUGUCCUGUUCUGAGUGUAAAAUUGCUGUUUCAAAUAUGAAACAAUCUGUUCUGAGCAUUUUGGAAUUUUUUUUGAGCUAUAAACAAGCAUUCUGAGCAUUUUGAAUGUUUGUUUCCAAUCCAUAGAUGAAUGUCAUAUGUAGUAUGACCAAACAACAGCCAUGUUACUAUUUCUAAAUGUUUGGGGAGGAAGAAACAGGAUUCUGAUGCCUACACCUAGACAAUAGAGUUUGCAGGAUUUUGUAUCUGCUUCCCAACUGUGGCAUCUUUGGGGCGAGAUAUUUGCCACUACCAUCAUUUCCUAUGGAAAAUAUGUUGCACUACUAUGAUGAGUUGAGCUUGAAAUCACCAGAAACAUAAGAUUUCACCUUAAAAAAAAAAACCCUAAAAUUGUAUAUUGUCCAUGUUCUCCAAGAGCCUUAUGGACAUAAAAGUCCCAGCAAAACUAACAAUCUUGUGUUAGGUUGAUGCACGGUUUUGUUCUUAAUGCAGGUUUUAUUUUAACCAAGAUAUGUAUCCACAGACUUGUAUUGCAUUUGAUUAUUCUUGGUCACAGAUUAUUGUCUUUAUGUAGUUGUCUGUGUGAACAUUUUGCUGUUUAGAUUUAACAUUUACAUUGAAACUUCCUAUAAUGUUACUAAACCUGUGCAUUUUGUUGUUUAAACUAGAUUGCAUCAAAAACCUUAAGAAAAUAUCAUUCCUACUAUUGUCAAGGAUAGUUAUUUGUCUUUUCUUUUAUGUCUACUUUAACUUAAUAUUUUUUAGAAAUAAAAAAUAAAAAACUGGAAAUUUAUAAAAUAUACUAUGCUAAAUUACAGAAACUUUCCUAGUUAUUACAACAAAUAUUCUUUUUAAACCUCUGGCAAAUAUCCUUUGACAUAUAAUGUCAAUAAAAGGCAGUUGCUUUCAGCGGUUGGCUGCUUAGAAUUUCAUUCUCAGUGGUUUUGAUACAUUAUUUGAUGCAAUAUCUAUAUUUACUUUAAACAUUUUGGAUACUUCUCAACCAGAUAACUGUAGUAGUUCAGAAUAGCUUAAAAGAUAAAGAGUAGAUUUUAGAUUGCACUAAGAGGGGAACAAUUUCAAGAUCACAUAAAGAGAUAAUACCAUUUUAUACUGGACUGGUGAGACCACACUUCAAAUACUUCCUUCAGUUCUGGUCACCAUGAUACAAAACAGAUGUUGAGAUUCUAGAAAGAAUGCAAAAAAAACCAACAAAGAUGAUAAAGGUUCUGGAGGCUACUGUAAACCAUAGGAUGAAUGAUUGAGGGAACUAGGUAUAUCUGGUCCAGCAAAGAGAAGGAUUAGGGGUGAUAUGAUAGCAGUCCUCCAGUACUUGAAGAGUAACAGAGAAGAGGAGGUCAGCCUAUUCUCCAGAGUAACUGAGGGCAGGACAGUUAGAAACAGAUGGAAGAUCAUUAAAGAAAGAUCCAACUUAGAACU